CGGAGAGGGUCGAUUGAUUUUCUCUUUGUAUCUCUUCCGUCCCGUCCCUGUAGACACACUGCUCUGUGUGGUGAAGGCAUGGUGAAAGCUUCGGGUGGGAAGCGAAAGUGUCUGCCUCCUCCGACCCUGGAAAGCGGGCCUCAGUCCAGAAAUUUACCAGGCGAAGUAGAAAAGGAGCUUCUGGAGGGGUUACUACAUCCCCACACCAAAGUUACUGAUGAAGAUAAAAAAAUGUACAUGUCCCUCCUACGCCCAGAGCCCUUUCAUGAGAAACCUGAGAAGAAGAAGAAGAAGAAGAAGUCUGGCUUCCGUAUAGUUUCUCAACCCACUGGGUUCGGUCAUUGGCCCGGAGGGCACAAUGACCCAGAACCUGUGGAGGAGAAAACUGGAACAAACAAGUUCACUCAAGAAGAACUGCGCAGGAACCUGAACUUGCGAUGGGCAUUGGCUCCUCUCGCUAACUACAACAGGAGACAUGCGACAAACUAUAAGCUUGUGGAAGCCAUCAACUGCAAUGGGUUUCUUCUUCCUGCAUACAAUAUAUGGGCUCAUUGCGCUUUCAAAGCUGCGACCGAAACUUCUUCUGUUCCAGAGCUCUUCUUUGCUGAAUUUUACCAAUACGAGCUUCAUAAAUAUCACUUCCAGAGUGUUACCAAUCGUGAGAACUUCUAAACAUUGUUCGUUCUUAGCCUAUAUAGAUCACCACGUAACAGAACAUUGUUGUCUUCGUACUAUCGUUUGGAUUGUUUGCAGACUAACCGAUAAAACUCAUCCAUAAAGCUUAUUGGUUUUG